UGUAUCACUUGGACUUGGACUUGGACUUGGACUUCACCAAAAACCUCAGCAGCCUCCUGCUGCAAAAACAAUGAGCUGCAGAAACCAAUGCUUUACACCUUUUGAUGAGAAAAGUAACGGCUGCCGUUGUGAUAAACUCUGUACAGAAGCUAGAAGUUGUUGUUUGGAUUUUGAAGAAAUCUGUCUUCAGCCAACUGAACUCUGGACAUGCACCAAGUUCCGCUGUGGUGAGAUUCGCUUACCUGCCAGCCGCUGUUCAUGUUCUGAUGAUUGUUUGGAAAAUGGUGAUUGUUGCACUGAUUACAGGACUGUUUGUAAAGCGGAAACACCUUGGGUGGAAGAUAAGUGUGAAGAAAUUAAUGAUUCUCAAUGUCCAUCAGGGUUUUCUCAACCACCAUUGAUAUUGGUUUCAUUAGAUGGUUUCAGAGCUGAGUAUUUAAAGACCUGGUAUGGUUUGAUGCCCGUUAUUGCCAAACUCAAGACCUGUGGAACACAUUCUCUGUACAUGAGAGCCAUGUACCCCACCAAAACAUUUCCAAAUCACUACACUAUUGUCACGGGACUCUAUUCGGAAACACAUGGCAUUGUUGACAACAACAUGUAUGAUGUUAAUUUAAACUUAUCCUUCUCUCUGUCUGGUGAUGAGAAAAACAAUCCAGUGUGGUGGGGCGGACAGCCAUUAUGGCUGACAGCUAUGUACCAAGGCCUAAAAGCAGGUACUUUCUUCUGGCCUGGAUCUGAAGUGAAAAUAAAUGGAACGUACCCAAAUAAAUAUGUGAAAUUCAAUAAAUCAAUUCCAUUUGAAGAAAGGGUAUUUACUGUCUUGAAAUGGCUCAGCUUACCUGAGUCGGAGAGGCCAAACUUUUAUACCCUAUAUUUUGAAGAACCAGAUGGUGCUGGACAUUCAUUUGGACCUGUUAGUAGUGGAGUGAUUGAAGCAUUACAGUCAGUUGAUCAGAUGAUAGGAAUGCUGAUGGAUGGACUCAAACAGAAAAACCUACACAAAUGUGUUAACCUCAUUAUUGUGGCUGAUCAUGGAAUGGAAAAGACCUACUGUGACCAAAUUGAAUAUAUGACUAAAUAUUUUGAAACUGUGGAUAAUUUAUACGUGUACAGUGGUCCAGCUGCUCGCAUUCGACCAAAAAAUGUUCCCAAGGACUAUUUGACAUUUGAUUCAGAAGGAGUUGUUAAAAAUCUUUCUUGUCGGUAUCCUAACCAACAUUUCAUACCUUAUAUGGCCUAUGACUUGCCAAAACGUUUCCACUUUGCCAACAACAUUAGAAUAGACAAGGAAGUCCAUCUGUACUUGGACAAACAGUGGCUGGCGGGACGGUAUGUCAUUCCAACAUUCAAUUUCUGUGGUGGUGGAAAUCAUGGCUAUGAUAAUGAAUACAAAAGCAUGCAAGCUGUCUUCAUAGGUAAUGGGCCAGGCUUCAAAUAUAAUACCAUGGUUGAUCCAUUUGAUAAUAUUGAACUCUACAACCUAAUGUGUGAUUUGUUGCAGAUUACACCUUCAUCAAAUAAUGGAUCCCAUGGCAGUCUAAAUCAUCUGCUGAAGAAUCCCUCUUAUAAACCUACUCUUCCCACCGAGGUAUCAGUUUCAUCUGUCUGUUCACUUUCCACACUGCUUCCAAAUGAUGAUCUGGGAUGUUCAUGUCACGGGUUGAAUCUGACUGUUGAGGAAUUGAAUAAAAGCAUCAAUCUUACUGUUGCAGAAGUUAAAAAAGUGGAAGCCAUGACCAUGCCUUACGGAAGGCCCAGAGUUUUACAGAAGAAAAGCACAUACUGCAUCUUGUCCCAGGCAUCUUACGUGACUGGAUAUAGUGCUGACAUUUUAAUGCCCUUAUGGAGUGCAUACAGUAUUUCGAAAUUGGCAGAACUUACUCCGCUGUCGCCAAAUAUUUCAGACUGUCUGCGUGCUGAUCCUCGAAUCUCAGCAAAACACAGCCAGAAGUGUUCAAACUAUAAACCAGGGUUAGACAUCACCUAUGAUUUUCUUUAUAUUCCAAAUAUGAAUAAAACAGAGGUGGAACAAUAUGAUGCAUUAAUUACUAGCAAUAUCGUGCCUAUGUAUCCAGCUUUCCAAAAGAUCUGGCAUUACCUCCACAACACUAUGCUGCCAAGGGAUGCUGCAAAGAGCAAUGGUAUCAAUGUAAUGAGUGGGCCAGUAUUUGACUAUAAUUAUGAUGGACAUUUUGAUACGCUUGAGCAAAUUAAGAAACAUGUCAAUGGCACAGCAAUCCCCAUCCCAACUCACUACUACAUUGUCCUUACCAACUGCAAGGACACCACUCAGACUCCCCAGCAGUGUAAAGAUUCACUACAUGCAAGGUCCUUCAUUCUACCACACAGGCAAGAUAACAGUGAGAGCUGCCCAAAUAAUAAAAAAGAAUCCCAAUGGAUUGAACAGCGAAUCUGGGAUCAUACAGCACGAGUGAGGGACGUGGAGCUGAUCACAGGACUCGAUUUUUAUCAGGGCAGAAAGCAGCCAAUCAAUGAGAUUUUACAGCUAAAAACAUUUCUACCUGCAUUUAUACCUAACGUAUAACUAUUAUUCUAAACAAAAAUAUUGUUUGCUUGGAACCUUUACUGAUUCCUCAUUUGCAAAUCUUCAAAACUGAUUUUAUAUAAUGCUGAAUUGAUUUUUUGAUGUGUGUGGAUUUAGAAUCCCAGCAUGCAAAACAAAACCCUGUUUUUUAAAAGGUAUUAAAAUGUUCCCCCCCACCUGUUUGCAAUGAUCUGAGUCACGCUAGCACAGAAUGCUCCUAGAUAUUUGCCAAUGUUAGUCAAUAUAACCAUUUGAUUGAGAUGUACUUUUUUAGUGCAUGGUAACUACCUAUCAGAGUUAGCCUCCUUUCCAUCACGUUUAAUUUCGCUGAGGUGGCUGAAAUGCGUAAAUUAUUCGAAGGAGGCAGCUAAAAAUGUGACCCAGUGUUCCCAUGCUCUGUCAUUUGCACAGUACAACAGAGCAUGUUUUGUGGAUUUGCUGAACUAUAACAUCAUUGUUUGUGAGUGUUAUUUUCAGAGUUAGUGGAGUGUAAUUCGAGCUUGUUGUACCCAACUUUCAGGUGCAGAAUUGAAACAGCACCAAUUUCAUGAGACCAUGACUUAUGUCUGAAUAUCACUUGAAUGAAAUAUGGAUCAGUCAACAUGCAGAUGCCCCAAACAACAGCUUGAAACACUUUGAGUUCUUCUGAAUUAAGAAAUUAUUGGAAGAUAAUGAUGCAAAGAUAUGUGUCGAAAUUUUAUCUUGCCUUAAUGUAGGGCCAGGAGGAAGAGUUUACACAGGCUCCAUAGUAUGAUUGCUAAUCUUUAUUAGCCCACAUUUGUCCUAUCCUUUCCCAUUUUCUUAUAGAAACAUAGAAGAUAGGAGCAGGAGGAGGCCAUUCAGUCCUUCAAGCCUGUUCUGCCAUUCUUCACGAUCAUGGGAUCUAUUUGAGGACUGCCAUUAAUGCCGGUAUUUAAUUGAAAUCCCAAAGGUACAACAUUAUCCAGGACAAAGUAGUCCACUUGAUCAACACUCCAUCUGUAAACUUAAAUAUCCACUUCCUCCUUUUGCAUGUAGUGACUGUCAAGUAUACUUGUUCGGGGAAUAUCUUACAGCAACUCAGAAGGUUUCUUUUGCAAUCUCUCUCAAACCAACAGAUUCCAGAACCUAAAAAUACAAGAUUGUGGCAUUAUAAUUCUUUCCACAUCUCACAAUUACGAAAAAAAAACAAAACGGAUUUAUUAAGAUGCUCUCUUCUUGUACUGUGGUAUUGGAGAUAUUCCAGCUUGAUGAUGGAGCAGUACAUGAAACCAAUCAAGGUUCAACCAGGACUGUGAAGGAAUAUUCUCCAUUGGCCUAUCGGACACAACUUCAACAACAUUCAAGAACCUCAAAGGAAUAAAGCAGUCUACACAAAUGGCAAACCACUGACCCACUUAACUACCCAUUUCCUUCAUGAGUUUUAUGUUUGUGAUUGUCAUGUAUACAUGUACUAUCUACAAGGUGAACUGUAACAUUUCUAAAGGAUUUUCAGAUGCACAUCCCAAACUCACCGCCACAACUACUUAGAAGGGAACACUAUGAUCUCCAAGUGACACAACAUUUUGACUUAUUCCUUCAUUGUCCCUUGGUCAAGAUUUGGGAACUCCCUAAACAACAAGACUUGCCUUCAGCAGUUCAAGAAGACAGUUCACCACUACCUUCUCAAGAAGAACUAGGGAUGCUCAAUGCUGGCAAUUCCAGAGACAUCUAUAUUUGAAGAAUUAAUUUAAAAUAAGGAUGAAAGAUUAUACCCAGGUUUGAAAUCACUUCAGCAAUCAGUCUACGAUGUUUCCAGAUUCCUACUACAUUAUUGUUGUUUGAAUUCUGCUUCUUCUCCUCCACAAAUAAAUUUAAGAAAUAGAAUUCUGUAAAUUGCUCUUGAAAAUAAAAACCAUCAAA